AUGAUUGGGAGGGGAUUGGAACACCUGAAUCACAUGAUAUGGAGGGGAUUGGAACACCUGAAUCACAUGAUUGGGAGGGGAUUGGAACACUUGAAUCACAUGAUAAGGAGGGGAUUGGGACACCUGAAUCACAUGAUAUGGAGGGGAUUGGAACACCUGAAUCACAUGAUAUGGAGGGGAUUGGAACACCUGAAUCACAUGAUAAGGAGGGGAUUGGGACACCUGAAUCACAUGAUUGGCAGGGGAUUGGAACACCUGAAUCACAUGAUAUGGAGGGGAUUGGAACACCUGAAUCACAUGAUAUGGAGGGGAUUGGAACACCUGAAUCACAUGAUUGGGAGAGGAUUGAAACACCUGAAUCACAUGAUUGGGAGGGGAUUGGAACACCUGAAUCACAUGAUUGGGAAGGGAUUGGAACACCUGAAUCACAUGAUUGGGAGGGCGGGGCCAAUA